CAGUUCUUUUGAAACGAGAUCCGCGCGCGCGCCGUUCCGCGGAAGCCGCAGCUGUUCGGGAGCCAUGAGCGGAGGAAGAUGACGGAUUCGUCGGUCGCGGAAGGACACGUUAAAGUCAGAGACGGCAAAAAGUGGAAAACUCGGUGGGUAGUUCUCCGUAAGCCUUCACCGGUGGCGGACUGCCUUGUGUUGUUGGUGUCUAAGGAGCGUGGCGUCAAGGAGAGGAGCAGCGUGGUUUUAGAACACAUCUGUGGUCUGGAGGCUGGAGGGGGCACCGAAGGAGUCGCCUACGCUCUGACAAUCCUCAGUCUGAAUCAGAUAGUUCAACUGGGAUUUGAUAGUAAGGAGGCCCUACUGGCCUGGGACCUUCGACUUCGCUACUACUUAGGGGAAGUACACAGUUUUAAGGUGACAGUCCUGCCUGGGACUAAGCUAGAAUCUGGUCUGGCUACACUUCAUUUGUGCAACAAUCUGCUCGUCAUUGCUAGGGACAACCCCCCUGUUAUCAGCGGCCAGUGGAACCUCCUGGACCUGCGAAGAUACGGCCCUGUCCGCAAUGGCUUUGUGUUUGAGGGUGGCACUCGCUGUGGUUUCUGGGCUGGAGUGUUCUUCGUAUCCUGUGCUGAAGGGGAACAGAUCAGUUUUCUGUUUGACUGCAUUGUGCGAGGCAUCUCCCCAUCCAGAAGCCCUUUUGGAAUUAAACCGCUUCUACCAGAGCCCAGUGCCAGUGCAGCAUCAGCAGAAGAGCGACUGAACCAAGAAGCUGAAGAGUUAGAGAAGAGAAUAAGCCUGCUUUCUCAUAACACAGCAUCCACCUCCAGUUUCAGUUCUUCAGUAGCUGGAGAUGACCACAGCAUUUCCGGGUCCUCUGACUCUGAAACCAGCCACUCAGAUUCCAGUAUUGGCAGCCGCCUCACUCUGUGGGUGGAACCGGGUGCCACUACAUCACCUGAGUCCACUAGACCCGCCUCUCAUGGAGAGGAGAAACUACCCAUUAAUCCGGCCAUUGUGCCCAGACUGGCAUCAAAACCCAAUCUUUCACGUAGGCUUCAGGAAAUCGGACGACAGAGCUCCUCAGACAGCGGCAUUGCCACAGGAAGCCACUCAUCCUAUUCUGGGAGCUUUUCUUCCUACACAGGCAGCCUAGACCCAGGGAGCCCCAGAGAGGAGUACGGCACUCUGCUCAGCCUACCGCCAUUCUCUAGUCCUGAAAAGCAUCGGUGUACCUGUCCAGUCAGCCACACUCAUGAGUACCAAGUUCCAUCAUCACUACGCUACCUGUAUGACACACCGCGUAGUCUUCUUGAAGAGGCCAAAGAGCAGAAAGAAGCUGCAUCAAGCGAACAGACUGAGGAAACAGUUAAAGUGCAGACCGAAGCCUCAGCUGCUGCAUGCUCUGUUCCUGAAUCUUCCAAAGAUUUGGGGGCUCAGGGUUCAUCCAGCCUAGACACACACACUGACUGCCUGAUUUGCUGUCCCCAUCUGAUAUCCUCCAGAAUGCUCUUUACCACCUGCCCCAUCUGUGGUGGCUUAAAGAGAGCACCCUUACCUCAGGCAGGAGCUUCACUGCAGCCCGGAGUGCCAGCAGGUGGAAAAUCAACCGCCGUCAUUGAAGCAACAGCUCAUGGCCCCAAUCUGGAGUGGAAUCCACAAAUACAUUUCUCAACACACAACCAGUCAUCCCCAAGUUCAGGGACCAACAACAAGCUGAAAAAAGGAAGCCCUAAGAACUAUAUAGACAUUCUGUCUAAUCUGUUAGGACAUUAUUCUCCAGGAAGGACAAAGACGGUGUCAAUUAUACCAAGCCUGGAUGAUCCAGUAGGGAUUUGUUGUUCUUCAGGGAAAAAUGGCCUGGGAUCAGCUCAAUUUGGAUCAUAUAUCCCAAUGGCCUCAGCAUUAGCAUCACCUCAGUGUCUUGCAUCUUCCCAAGAUUCCUUCAGCACUCCUUCACACCAUAGUUCACGCUCAACAAUCUAUGAGAACUGCCUACAAUGUAGAAAAGGUCAGGAUGGCUGCAUGCUUCCCAGGAAUGUUCCUUCAGGAAUUAGUAGCUUGAUUCACCAGUCUGGAUGGAAGAGCACUGGUGGGGAGGAUUACUUUUCUUUUCUCCAGGACCCGAGUGCUGGUUCGUGGGAAUUAAGCUCAGAGAACCCUUCUGUGGAAGAACCUGCUCAUCUCCCUACACUCACUUCUCAAUCACCCUUACAGCUCAGUAAUGAAGAAACUGAAAUGGGAGAUAAGAAGCAGAGAAGUCAUGCAGAGAGAGGGAGAAUGGAUCCCACCUAUGAGAUCAUGGAGGGCCAAACCACAGACAGGAGCUCAGAGUCAGAUGAGAAGGGCAGAUAUGAGCUGAUGGGUAGCUCUGGGCAGUGGAGGAGCACGGAUGAUCCUGAAGAUGGCUCAGGGGUGAGUGAAAGACCGAAAGGAGGAGUGACAUAUGUAAAUAUUCCCAUCAGCCCAGCGUCCAAAAAGCAAAUGCACUAUAUGGAGCUGGAGCUGCAGGAGCUCAGCGGCACUAUUCGAGGAAAAGGUGCCACAAAAUAUGCACAAAUUGACAUCACUGCAACAGAGACUGCACACCGAGUGGGUACCCAGCAUGCAUUGGGGCGGGAGGCAGGACUUCAGAAACUGGAACAAUGGAAAAAAGGAGGGGCACCGCAGUGACGACAUCAUUUCUCACCGAAAUCAUAAUACCAAUAAUGCCAUUGCUGUUCCUCAUGAUAACAGCGAUAAGAAGAAAAAGAGAAAUGUGUGUGGAACUGUAUGGACUGUUAGCGCCAUGCUAAUUCUUCAUAUUACUGAGUCGGACGCCAUACAGAGUCACUAUACUGACUCCCAGAGUCAUAAGCCAAGUUAAACUAAACGAGUGGCAUACAUGCGAGAAAAACCGACUGAACCGAGGCAGCCGAAAGUCCAGUUUUAUUAGCUGGUGUUGUGUAUCUAUGAGUCUGUGAUCAUGUGGGUUUUGUUGUGUGGGUGUGUUUGUGUGGGUGGGUGUGAGUGUGAUAAUUUGAGCAUUAGAGCUGUGAGGACAGACCGUGUGAACGUGGUCGAUAAUAGAUGAGUCACCACACGCUCAGCUGCCUGCAGCAACAUGUCUCCUAUUAAUUUGCUUUAAUAUUUAUCCUUAAUCAGUUUCACUCACUAUUAUUCCUAAAUCAAGUAGUGCAUAUUUCUGACCACACAUCAGAGCUGCAACACUGUUUACUGUGCUGGAUAGAUCCAUAUGAGGCGAGGCAGUGUGCUCAGUGUAAAAGGUAACACCUGCAUUCUUUUUGCUAUUUUCCUGUUCAUGAAAAUAGCAACAAUAUUUUGAAUCACACCCACAAGUGCCAGUGCUGCAAUCUUAUUCCUUAUUUUUUUGUAUUCAAGGCUAUGAAAAUUGGCCGUGCAUUUUUUUUUUUGAAUGACUGACAAGAAAUUGUGCAUAUACAAUGAUGGGCAUUAUUAAAUAUUAAGAUAAAUUUAA